UUCUCCCUUUAUACAGUUAGAAGCACACGAGACUUUAAAUAAAUAGUAGAUAGACCGAAAAGUUUUGAAACUUUUUACAAUUUAGUUUACUUUUUGUACAAUUCUUAAGGAAGUAUUAGUGAUUUAACAAUGGCUCAAAUUCGCCAUCCAAAGAGCCAUGUGAACAACUAUAAAUUGUGUUGCAAGAGUUCGGUUAUUGCAAUUCUGCAGAAGCUAAAGCCAUAUAUCAAUGAACGAUGUGCUGAAUAUUUUUGCGAAGAUCGCGAGGAUCAAAAUCAAGAAAUGUACCAAGGCAGAGCAUUGUUGCUCAAUCAAAUGGAGAAGAAAGAUCCGAUGAUGAACCUUUGGCAAAAACCAACUAUCCACAGAUCGAAGUCAAGUCUGACGAUGCUUAGCGAAAGCAGCACGAUCAAAGAGACAACUGCGAUCGGUGAUAUGCGAAGCGAAUACUCAGAUACCAACUCAACUCUGCGUUGCUCUGAAUCCACGAAUGCUGUCAAAGAUUUUCGAAAGUUGAAUCCGAUUUGGUAUAAAAUCGGACAACUGCAGACUGCAAAUUUAAAUGAACGUAUUCAGCAUUUAUUCAUUGCCAGCAAAUUCAAAUUGCCUUUGCCACAGUGUGCGAUUGUGCGUCCGCCACCUCGACGUGGAAAUCGCAUUGAAAUUGAUCUCGUUGCAUUCGAACAGAUCUUUGGAGGAUCCAUGAAUCUCUUCACUUUCAAUGCCAGACUCCAAAGCAAUCAAAAAGGAAUCAAUUUCACGCCGGCAAUUGAGAACUCUGAUAAAUUCUCUCUCAGCCAAGUUGAUAAUGUUCAAAAUUCUAGCUGGCAAUUUGUGAAUGUCGCUAUGACAAAACCCAAGAAGCUUCGAUCUCAUCUGCAGACUUGGUUGCGCACCAAAAAGCAAUUCAUUAAAGUUCUAAUUUAUUUGGUUGCCCUUUGCAUAGUUAGCUUUGUCUUUAGCCUUAUAUUCUAGGAGACUUUCCCUUUGCUGUUUCGUCAAAAUUUCCCCUUUUAUUUUAUACUUUACACUCGCAUAGAGUUCCAUCUAGUGGUUAACUUUUUCUAUACUCCCACGCAUUUGUAAAUUUUAAAUAAAACUCUGAAAUGUAAGAGAAAAUA